GGCAAUAUCAUUGCUUGGAGCUCAAACUCUAGUGCUUUAUCUCUUAUUUUUGUAUAUUCUCUAGACUAUGCAAGUGCCAAUGUGCUUGCUGGCUAUGACAAAUUGCAAGUCCUACUUCUUGGCAAGAAGUAUGGGUCUGGCGGCAAUGGUUAAUGAUGCUUUGUUCAGUUUUCUUUGCUUUUUUCACACUUGGGUUAUUUGUUCAGUUUUCUUUGCUUUUUUCUUCUAGUUUCAAAUGCAAGAAAGGAUUAGUUUCUAAUGUUAUAUUUUUAUGGUUAAAAAAGUGUAUAGAUGUCGCAUUUGAUCACUCGUCGUCGGAGUGUGACCAAUGCGCCUUCCGCAUUAUCAGCAUCUACUGCUCCAGUUGUGAGUGCUCCAUUGAUUGGGGAGCCUACACCCCUUGCUGAGCCUGCUGCUACGGCGUCCCAGGUGCCUGUCUCAUCGACGUCAUCAGUGUCGGUUGAGCAGGUCAGUGCACGGCGGCCUCACCGGCGCCGUCGUAAGCCGGAGCCUUCUGAUCACACUUCCUCGGCAUCCAGAGUAGAGGGUGAGGCCUCCCAGCCAGCUAAAAAAACCACCAGGGGACCUAAUCGAAUGUUGAAGCAGUUAGAGGGCGCACGGCAGAACGGCUCCAAGAUCAAGAUUGUGUAUGACCCGCGACAUUGUGGAGCGGCUACCUCACAACAGCAUAGCGGCAUCGCUACUAGCUGUGGUGUUGUUAUUCGAGAUAAUUGUCCCUUUCAGCGGGGGUCUUGGGCAAAAAUUCCCGAGGAGACGAGUACAUUGGUGCGAGACAAGUUGUCGUGCGUUUAUGAUCUUGAGGACAUAUCCCCUGAGGCUAUGGCCUACUUAGAGGGGACCUUAGCAACCCGAUACAAACAAUGGAAGAACAAUUUUCACACGCUUUUUAAGCAAUGGAAUGAUCCGGAGAUUGCUCGUCUACAUGUUCCAAUCGAGUUGAAGGACCGGCCAGAGGAUUGGGAGUGGCUUUGCAAACAUUUUACGGACCCAAAAUUUGUGAAGAAAUCUAUUGCUGGCCAGAAAGCUCGGGAGUCAAAGACACUUCUCCACCAUUCUGGUUCAAAGCCCUUUUCGUAUAGGCUUGAGGCACGACGUGAGGAGGGUUCUAUGUUCCCAGAGAUCGACAUGUUCGAGGAAGUUUACGUUCGACCUAAUAAUGAGACCACUAAGCAACUUCAUGCUACUAUGGUGGAAAAAAGAGAUGCUGUUCUCCACGAAGCAACAUCGCAGCUUCCCUCGGAGACUUCGAUCGAGGACGUCACGCUACCUGAGGAUGUAGGUUUUCAGAUCAUGACUGAUGUCCUGGAUCGGAAUUUCGGUCGUCGUCGUGGCAAGGUUGUUCGAGGUAUGGGGAAAGUGCGAGUUCGUGAGACGGGUGCCUCUUCUUCCAGAUCGAAAAGAGUAGAGGUCAAUGCAUUGAAGGAGGAAGUGACGCAGCUGAGGGCCGAGGGUGAGCAGAUGAAGGUGCAGCUGAGGGCCCAGGAUGAGCGGAUGAAGGCCCAGGACGAUGGAGGUGAGGACCUGUGUCGGGAGGGUGCAAGAACUUGUACAAGCCAUACAGAUGGCUGGCCUCCAAAUCUCGCUACCAGCACCUCAUCUUGCUCCACCUUCGACCUCAGACCCAUCUCGCCCUGCCGAUACCCAGUAGCUUGAUGUAUUAAACCAGUUCACUUGUAGUUUUUUUUUUGUUUGGACA